CUCAGUGCCAUCAUAUACUCACUAAACAACACAUCUUUGCCUUUACGGAUCGAUGACGUGUACGGCCUAGAUUCAAAUACAUGCUUAUGUUAGAUUCGCAUUGUCUACUUAUAAACUCCUCUUCUUAACCGAACUCCUAUGUAUUUUCCUCCUCCGUUAACUCCAGUUAAUUUUUUUCUCUUUUCUUCAAAAGGGGAAAAAAAAAAAAAAAAGAGAAAAGAAAAUCCUCAAUUUGAAUCUCUGUAACGCCAGAUCUGGGAUGAAAACCUGAAAUUUCAAAAAUUCUUUAUACGAUUUCGCUCAAUUCGUUAAAACUAAGAAGAAAAAGCCUAAUUUAAUCCGGUCAAGUAUGUGUUUGUUUGUACUGUAACGCACUGAAGAAAUGUUGGUUGAUUUGUGGUGUUUUGUAUUGUAAUUGCUGAUAUAUGUUUGUGGUUGUUAGCGGUGGUUGUGGAUCUAAUUGUUUUAAUAACAUUAAAGAAGAAAUUCGAAACCGAUACCGAAACCCUAGGUUUACGAUGGGGAAAGAAGACGAGAAUAUUAUAAUGAAGGUGGGAGAUGUAGAAGAAGGUGAAAUAUCAGAUACGGCGUCGAUUGAAGAGAUCAGUGAAGAAGAUUUUAAUAAGCAAGAUGUGGUGGUUGUUAAACCACCAAGUAGUAAUAACGAGACAACAAAACAAAAGGAACAAGGUAAUGGUAAUGGUAGGGUAUGGACGAUCAGUGAUCUGUACAGGUAUCAGAUGGUCGGUGGACAUGUGUCCGGUUUGUAUAAUCUUGCGUGGGCUCAAGCAGUACAGAGUAAACCUGGUAAAAGUAAUAAACCGUUAAAUGAGCUAUUUGCUGAUGUUGUUGAAGAACUUGACGAGAGUUCUAAGCGGUCUUCACCUUCGUCUUCUGCUGCCUCUGUUAAUAGUAAUAAUAAAGACGGCGAUGAAGAGAAAAAAAAAGUUGUUGAAAAAGUCGUGAUUGAUGAUAAUGGUGAUGAGAUGAUGGAUGAUAACAAUCGUAAUAAGAUUGUUGAUGUUGUUGAGAAGGAAGAAGGGGAGUUAGAGGAAGGUGAGAUUGAUUUGGAUAUGGAACCAGGUGAGAAAGCUAAUAAUGGGGAUGUUUUAAAUAUGAACAUUGAUGGAUUAGAGGUUGAGUCUGGCGAAAAGGGUUUCGAAAAGAAAAUGAAUUCUAUUCGUGAUGCUUUGGAGAGUGUAACUGUGAUUGAAGCUAACAAAUCAUUUGAUGCAGUUUGUUCAAAACUGUGCAAUACAUUGGAGGGCUUGCAGGAAGUUGUUCUGGGAAAUAGCAUUUCCAAUAAAGAUGACCUUAUUCAAUUGUCAUUCACUGCUGUUCGAGUGAUUAGUUCUGUUUUUUCCUCGAUGAACUAUAUAGUAAGAGAACAUAACAGGGACAGUUUUUCAAGACUUCUUUCUCUUGUAAAUAGCUGUGUUCCUUCUCUUUUCACCCCUGAGCAGUCUAAAAAGAUUGAGUUCGUGCUUGCCUGUACAGAUUCUUCUGGUGUUUCUUUUAGUUCUUUUAGUGAGAAGGAGAAAGAACCACUCAUCUCCACUGUGGUGAAUAAGAAGGAUAAUGAUGUGAAUGGUAAAAGUUCAGGCCAUGAUAUGAGUGCUGUAAACAAGUUACCUACUGAUUCAUUUGUUAAUAAUAAAGCAAAUUUAUCAAUAGAAGGUCCAAAAACAGGAGUUUCGAGUUUUAAGAGUAGAGCGGCUUUGCUUCCUUUGUUAGACCUCCACAAAGAUCAUGAUGCUGACAGUCUUCCAUCACCUACACGGGAAUCAGCACUUCCUUUACCUGCCUAUAGAGUGUUAACACCUAAAAUGGUGCUUGACACUGGAAAUUCGAGAAUGCAUCCGUAUGAAACAGAUGCACUAAAGGCUGUUUCUAGCUACCAGCAAAAAUUUAGUAAAAGUUCAUUUGCUUUGACUGAUAGGCUUCCCAGUCCAACCCCCUCAGAGGAAUCUGGCAAUGGGGACGGUGAUACAGGUGGGGAAGUCUCUAGUUCGUUGAGUGUUAGUAGCUUUAGACCUGCAAAUCCACUGACUUCAGGGCAAUCCAAUGCAUCUAUUUCUCUUCCUCGCAUGGAUGGUUCUAGUUUGCCUGGAGUUAUCUCAAUUAAAAGUGCGGUACGAGCAAGUUCUGCCCCUAGUUUAACUGUGAAAGCCUCGGCAAAGAGCCGAGACCCAAGGCUUCGAUUUGUUAAUUCUGAUUCCAAUGCGUUGGAUCAAAACCAUCGAGCCGUGCCUGUGGUUAAUACACUCAAAGUGGAACCUAUUGGAGGAACAAUGAACAAAAAAAGGCAGAAGAUUGUUGAUGAUCCUAUUCCAGAUGGCCAUUCAUUAAAAAGGCAAAAAAAUGCAUUGGAAAAUUCUGGAGUUGUUAGAGAUGUGAAAACAAUGGUUGGAAGUGGUGGUUGGUUGGAGGACACUGAUAUGGUUGGACCUCAAACCAUGAACAAAAAUCAGCUGGUAGACAAUGCAGAAUCUGAUCCCAGGAGAAAAGAUGGUGGAGGAGUUUGUACUAGUAGUAGCUGUAUAUCCAGUGUGAAUAUUAGUGGAACAGAGCAGAUACCAGUUACAGGAACUAGUGUCCCUAUUGGAGGUGAACUGGUGCCAGUGAAAGGUAGUACUGCAGCGAUACCUGAUUUACUAAAAAAUAUUGCAGUGAAUCCAACAAUGUUGAUUAAUAUAUUAAAAAUGGGUCAACAACAAAGGUUAGCAUUAGAGGCUCAGCAGAAGCCUGUUGAUCCUGCCAAAAGUACAACUUAUCCACUAAACUCAAAUUCAAUGCUGGGAACUGUUCCUGUUGUGGGUGCUGCUCACUCAGGGAUUUUGCCAAGACCGGCAGGAACAGUUCAGGUUUCUCCUCAACUGGGUACUGCGGAUGACUUGGGGAAAAUUCGAAUGAAACCGCGGGAUCCUCGUCGUGUUCUCCACAACAAUGCACUCCAAAGGAAUGGGAGCAUGGGAUCUGAACAUUUGAAAACUAAUUUAACCUCUAUACCUAUUAACCAGGAGACCAAGGACAACCAGAAUUUGCAAAAGCAAGAGGGUCAAGUAGAGAAGAAGCCAGUGCCUUUGCAGUCUCUUGCUCUACCAGAUAUUUCUAUGCCAUUUACUAAGAAUUUGAAAAAUAUUGCUGAUAUCGUGUCUGUUUCCCAUGCAUCAACAUCCCAACCUCUUGUUCCUCAGAAUCCUGCAUCUCAACCUAUGCGAACUACGAUAUCAAGCUCUGACCAGUUCCUGGGGAUUGGUUCAGCACCUGGUGCUGCAGCAGCAGCAGCAGCAGGUCCUCGUACACAGAAUGCAUGGGGAGAUGUUGAGCAUCUCUUUGAAGGGUACAAUGACCAGCAAAAAGCUGCUAUACAGAGGGAGAGGGCAAGAAGGAUAGAAGAACAGAAGAAAUUGUUUUCUGCUCGCAAGCUAUGCCUCGUGUUGGAUCUAGAUCAUACACUUCUUAAUUCAGCCAAGUUUGUUGAAGUUGACCCUGUGCACGAUGAGAUCUUGAGAAAAAAGGAAGAACAAGAUCGCGAAAAAGCUCAUAGACAUUUGUUCCGUUUUCCUCAUAUGGGGAUGUGGACGAAAUUGCGCCCUGGGAUCUGGAAUUUCUUGGAAAAGGCUAGUAAACUGUAUGAGCUGCAUCUUUACACAAUGGGGAACAAGCUGUAUGCCACAGAGAUGGCAAAAGUGCUGGAUCCAACAGGGGUUUUAUUUAAUGGACGAGUUAUCUCUAGGGGUGAUGAUGGGGAACCCUUUGAUGGUGAUGAGAGGAUUCCCAAGAGUAAGGAUCUGGAGGGGGUCCUUGGCAUGGAGUCAGGUGUUGUCAUUAUGGAUGAUUCGGUGAGAGUUUGGCCACAUAACAAGUUGAACUUGAUUGUUGUGGAAAGGUAUAUCUAUUUUCCUUGCAGUAGACGCCAGUUUGGGCUUCCAGGUCCCUCUCUUCUUGAGAUUGACCAUGACGAGAGACCAGAGGAUGGGACUUUGGCUUGCUCUUUGGCGGUUAUUGAGAGAAUACAUCAAAACUUUUUCACACAUCCCUCGUUAGAUGAAGCAGAUGUAAGAAAUAUCCUUGCAUCAGAGCAGAGGAAGAUAUUGGCUGGUUGCCGGAUUGUAUUUAGCAGAGUGUUUCCAGUUGGUGAAGCCAACCCCCAUUUACAUCCGUUAUGGCAGACUGCUGAACAGUUUGGUGCUGUCUGCACAAAUCAGAUAGAUGAACAGGUUACUCAUGUAGUUGCCAAUUCCCUUGGAACAGAUAAGGUGAAUUGGGCUCUGUCUACUGGAAGAUUUGUUGUCUAUCCUGGCUGGGUAGAAGCAUCAGCGUUGCUUUAUCGGAGAGCAAAUGAGCAAGAUUUUGCAAUUAAACCAUAACAAUCAUCAGUCUAAACCCUUCUGGCAAACCAUAAUAUCAAGUCUUAGUGAAAGUCGGAUGAGUCAGGUUGUGAUGGGUGGAUUAGGGGAAGACCAGAGAAGGCAUGAUUUUGACCAUUUUAGUUGUGCAAUCCUCUCAUUUGGCAGGUUCACCUCUCAUUCGAUCUGCCAAUGCGCCAAAAGUUGAAAAGAGAGUUUUAAUCGUAGUACAUAGUGCAGGAGCUUUAAAGAUUCCACAAAAUUUGGAUUUUGGGGUGGGAUGUGGGCCGAGGGUUAAAAAGAAAAGAUGGGAGGAUGUGGCAGCUUAAAUCGAAGUGAACCCAGAAGUGUUGCGACCUCUUGGGUAAUAUUGACGAUUCACUUGGAAGUUUGGGGGAUCCAAAACGUGAAUUAGACAGCAGGAAAAACAACCCCUCUAAAACGUGAGAAUCUGUGCAAGCAUUUCACAAUUUGAGGAAGAUCAGGGUAAUGAACUCUACAAAAGGGUGUGGGGAAGAUGGAGGUAAAGCGAAAAUUUUAUUAAUGAUAAAAAUAGGUAGUAUAAAUCGAUCCGAUCUAUGAAAGCAGAUUUUUGAAAAUUGAAGAAAGUAUAUCAUAAGUUAAGGUGGAACAUCGUCAGCGACAGUGAGAAGUAAUUGUCAAUGCUGUCAAUCGGUGGGUUCUGUUUUUCCCCAUUUGGAUUCGGCUUAACGUUAGUGCCAUGGUCUAUCUGUUGGAAGUGGCCUCUUCACCAUUUUAUUUUUGUUUAUUCUUUUUCCCCUUUAAAAAUUAACUUGAGGAAGAAAAAAAGACUAAAAAAUGAAAGUCAUAAAAUGAUGGGCAGUUUUGAGCUUAA